CCCUCAUAUCUUGUUGCCGCCAGUCCCCACACUUUUCCCCCUUUCCAUCCUUUGAACGUUGCAUUCUUUUUCAGGCACGCGUCGCCUUCCCCUCCUCACCUUAAUCUACACUCGACAAAAAGCGAGAGAACAAAGUCACCAACAUGGCCGACCUGGACGCGAUUUACAACGCUUAUAAUGAGAUUACGGAUGCGAAGGACAAAGCAUCAGAGCAUGUGGAUGCCUACAAAACCAUCAUAUCAGCAUCUCAGGGAUCAGACGGUGCCAAGCGACUUGCAGCACAGUUUAUUCCCACGUUCUUCAAGCACUUUCCUGCACUUCAUUCAAAGGCUAUCGACGGUAUUUUUGAUCUCUGCGAAGAUGACUCGAGUUUGAUUCGGCAGUCGGCAAUCAAGACUCUCCCAUUGUUAUGCAAGGAUGGACCUCAGCACACGAUCAAGAUCGCGGACGUCCUGUGUCAACUCCUUCAGCUAGAUGAGCAAGAUUUGGUGGUGGUCCAAGCGUCCUUGCAGUCAUUAAUGGUUCAAAGUCCUCGUGAGGUGCUUGCUGUAUUAUUCCGUCAAGGUGUCAAAGGAGCCGAUUUACGGGAGAGAACACUGGACUUUAUAACCCAUCAGGUCAUGGCGUCCAAGACAACCCUCUUCUCGGAUCCUGAAAUCGAGCUGUUCUUCCUGGAAGAGAUGCAGAAGGCUAUGGGCUCGGUAUCAAACGAUGAGCUGGAGACAUUCGCAAAGAUCAUUAUGCAGACGAAAUCCUACGCGACCGGAAAGCUGGACUUGACGGGACUUCUGAACGCCUACGUGGCACAUAUUACAUCGGAAAAGCCGUUCGAUAUCAACGAUCCAGAGUCGGUUAAGCGUGUCCUUGUUGUAGGAAAGCUCUCUAUGCCCCUUUUUAAGCGAGCCAUCUCUGCCGGCUCUCUUCUGGAGUUCCUUGCCACCAAUAUCCUCCCCCGCAGUGCAUAUGAUCGAUUGGCAGAAAAACAAAAGACCUCGCUCCUUCGUCUAUAUGCGGACAGUGUGCUUACAGGACACCCAUCAGCCUCGGCAAUAAGUUCGGCGUGCGGGCUUUUAACCGACCUUUUGGUGGCGAUAGUUCCUGCGGAGACGGAGAGCACUACUCCCACCCCAUUCGCACAGGUGGAGUGCGUGACGAAUGUCAUGUAUGCCUUUGCUACUAAGGACCACGAGCUCGUUGAAAAGGAAGCGUUGACGCCGAGAUUCAGGAAUCUAUAUAUGUCAACACAAACCCAAAUUUCAAAUUUGAAGCAGGCAUUGACGACGGCGGAAUCAAAGAAGCCUCAAGACGCUGAGCAAAUCGCCAACAUAAAGAACCUAAAGAAGACCAUGUUGAUUCACAACAACAUCCAUAGCGCUGUUAAGGAAUUUAUGAAACCACGGCAUCUGAGGAGCACUAAACUAGUCCUUCAUCCUUCAUGGAAACCACUGCCAGAGCCGGUCAAGCCUACUACAGCAAGCGUAACUGGCAUAUCUAAACCAGCCUCUGCAGUGACAACAACAUCUCCUGGCAGCGCAGCCAAAUCCACCGCCAAAGCCCAUGCGAAACCAGCAUCAAAGAUUCUACCCGCACAACAGCAACAGCAGCAGCAGCAGCAACAACAGCAAAGCGGAUCUACAAAGAGAAAGACUGAACAGGAGCCUAAUACUAAACCAAAGAAGCCUAAGAUCGUGCGAGGGCAUGGGUCGAUUGCAGGCGGUAGCUCUCCUGGUGGUAACAGCCCUGGGCAUGGCAAUAAAGGCUCGAAGCAGAGCCAUGGCCAGCAGCAGCAACAACAACAGCAGCAUCAACAACAGCAUCAACAACAGCAUCAACAACAGCAUCAACAACAGCAUCAACAACAACAACCACAACAGCAACAACAACAGCAGCAGGCUGCGAAUCAGCUCUUUCAAGGAGCACAAAAUGGGAAGAAGGGAAGCAUAGGACGAGGCCAAGGCGGUCCAUCGUCGUCUUCAUUCGACAGCAGACGUGGCAAGGAUGCCAAUGGACGGAUCAGCUUCUUGAAGCGAUGAAGCACGCGUGGAUGAGUGUGAUUGAUAGACAAGUAGUCGAUUCCAACCAAGUGCCUUGUUGUUGUAACUAGCAAACUUACACCAUACCAGGAAGCACUGCUCAUAAACUAAACGUGCCAAUCGUGACACCAAACCC